AUGUCGACCUUCGAGCCCGUGAUUGUCAUCGACGGCAAGGGUCACCUGCUUGGCCGCCUGGCCAGCACCGUGGCCAAGCAGCUGCUCAACGGCCAGAAGAUCGUGGUCGUCCGCUGCGAGGCCCUCAACAUCUCCGGAGAGUUCUUCCGCGCGAAGUUGAAGUACCAGGCCUUCCUGCGCAAGCAGACCCGUUACAACCCCACCCGUGGUGGUCCCUUCCACUUCCGCGCUCCCUCCAAGAUGUUCUGGCGCACCGUCCGCGGCAUGAUUCCCCACAAGACCGCCCGUGGCGCCGCCGCCAUGGAGCGUCUUAAGACCUUCGAGGGUAUUCCCCAGCCCUACGACCACAUGAAGCGCGUCGUCGUUCCCCAGGCCCUCCGCGUCCUCAGGUUGAAGCCUGGCCGCAAGUACUGCACCGUCGGUCGUCUGGGUCACGAGUUCGGCUGGAAGUACCAGGAUGUCGUCUCCAGGCUCGAGGAGAGGAGGAAGGUCAAGGGCGCUGCCUACUACGAGCGCAAGAAGGCUCUCAGGAGACAGCUUGCGGAGGCCCAGAAGACCGCGAAGGUCGACGAGAAGGUCAAGACUCAGCUUGCCGAGUUCGGUUACUAG